CUAGAUUGUUCUAGCUAACGUGACAGAAAACCUCGAUAUCUCAGCGUCAUUUCAAAAUAUCUCCAGAAGUCCCAUCAUCAACAAUCAUGGCACCCACCUUUCUUGUCGUUGGUGCGACUGGGAACACCGGCCGCAGCGUUGUCGACACCCUCUCCAAACUCCUCGCAAGCCACAAGACAUUUUCAGACCAUCAAAUUCUCGCUCUUACGCGAUCUUCAAAGAGUGAGAUUUCCCAACAGCUCGCCAAAUUGCCUCAUGUCAAGGUGGAAGAGCAAAACUGGGUCGAGAUAACCAAAGAAUGGCUCCUUGAGCGCAACGUCGUCAGGGCGUUCAUUGCAUCCCACAACCAGCCGAACCAUUUCGCGGAAGAAUCAACAUUUCAUGUCGCAGCUCUCAGAGCAGGCGUCCAAUAUGUGGUCAGGAUCUCAACAACAGCCGCAAACGUCACACCGGACUGCGAUGCAUACUACCCACGUACGCACUGGGCAAUCGAAGCCAUGCUCAGCUCGCCCGAAUUCGAGAAGCUGAAAUGGACUUCAUUGCAGCCUAACGUUUUUACGACGAUGUUUCUUGCUACCGCGGCCCAACUGAUCAAGCAGUACCGUAAGGAUGGUACGCAAGAUGUGCUUCGAACAAUGGCAUCACCAGAUGCCCCCAUUGGCGUCAUUGAUCCCAAUGAUGUCGGUACCUUCGCAGCUCAUCUUUUGCUACAAGAAGAUGUUACCAAACACAACAAAGCCAAGUAUGUCAUGAACGGCCCGGAGGAUCUCACUGGAAAUCAGAUCGUACAGAUGGUCGAGGAGCAAAUCGGCGUCAAGGUUGAGAAUGUCAAUUUCAAGGAUAUGACGUUCAUCGACUACAUGGCCGCUUCGAGCCAAGAGUCAAAGAAUGUCAUUUUGUCCAUUAAGUAUGCCCCAGUGACAGGCUGGGAAGGACUGUGCUUGACUUCUACGACCAGCAAGGAGGUUCUUGAGCUUGCUCCUCCCAAGAGAACGCCUGCCCAAGUGUUGCGAACAUUGCUUGAGUAGUAGACAAUGUACCAGAGAAGGGCGAUUCCACUACAAGGGAAUGAAG